AAUUUUUCAUUUUUGGUGAUGAUUAAAAAAUGGUGGAUAUCCAUUGCCCACUCAGCAAUCCCAAUCCCAUGCUGUUAUGCCUUAUUUAGUUCUUAUUUUAUCUUUUUCCUAAUGCUGGUGCUGCUGACGAGCUUCCUCAUCAUCUUCCUCUAAGCGUUCUUUCUGUACUUUGAUUGAGACUCUUUCAUAUUUCCCAUCCUCAUAAUUUCAUCACCCAGUCUUAUCACAUUCACGUUUGGAGUCCGAGCUUUUAUGAUUUUACAGAAGCCGAACCAACAAGAAUUCGUUCAGGAAUUUCCACAAAGCGCUUUGUGAAUUCGUAUAGACUUUAUCAAAGCUUUGAAAGGGGAAACUAAACUGAAGGGUCCAACAUGCUUGGGAAUGGAGUUGUGGGGAUCCUCUCAGAGUCUUCAAACAAGUGGGAAAGAAGGGUACCUCUAACUCCGUCCCAUUGUGCUCGACUACUAUAUAGUGGUAAGCACAGAAGUGGGGUGUCUCGCAUAAUUGUGCAACCAUCGACCAAACGAAUCCACCAUGAUGCUCUGUAUGAAGAUGUAGGCUGUGAAAUUUCAGAUGACUUAUCAGAAUGUGGUUUAAUUUUGGGUAUUAAACAACCGAAGGUGGAGAUGAUUCUUCCUGAUAGAGCCUAUGCGUUCUUCUCCCAUACGCACAAGGCUCAGAAAGAAAACAUGCCUCUGUUAGAUAAGAUUCUAGCAGAAAGGGUGUCAUUAUAUGAUUAUGAGCUUAUUGUUGGGGACCACGGCAAAAGAUUACUUGCAUUCGGAAAGUUCGCUGGUAGAGCCGGACUAAUUGACUUCUUACAUGGGUUGGGAAAGCGGUAUCUGAGUCUUGGAUAUUCAACACCAUUUCUUUCCUUGGGUGCAUCCUAUAUGUAUUCAUCCCUGGCUGCUGCCAAAGCUGCAGUAAUUUCUGUGGGUGAAGAGAUAGCAACUCUUGGACUGCCAUCAGGAAUUUGUCCUCUGGUCUUUGUAUUCACUGGUUCGGGAAAUGUCUCUCUUGGUGCGCAAGAAAUAUUUAAGCUGCUACCUCACACUUUUGUGGAUCCAAGCAGGCUUCCAGAUUUAUAUGAGAAAUCCAGGGAUUUAUCUCCUCCCACCCGGAAAUCCAAGAGGGUCUUCCAAGUGUAUGGUUGUGUUGUCACUUGUCAAGACAUGGUUGAAAAGAAGGAUUCAGUGGAAGUAUUUGAUAAAGUAAGUAAUUGGCAGCUUUUUGAGAAAGUGUUUGUCGAGACAUGGUUGAAAAGAAGGAUCUUUCAUAUAGUGAGAACCAAUACAACUAUGUCUUCUUCCACUAUCUUGUUUUACGCUGAUUAUUAUGCUCAUCCGGAACACUACAACUCUGUUUUCCAUGAGAAGAUAGCCCCUUACGCCUCUGUAAUUGUGAAUUGCAUGUAUUGGGAGCCAAGAUUUCCUCGAUUGUUGAGUACCAAGCAGCUUCAAGAUUUGACCAGCAAAGGAUGCAGGCUUGUUGGAAUCUCUGAUAUAACUUGUGAUAUAUGUGGUUCACUAGAAUUUGUUAGCCAAAGCACUUCAAUUGACACACCUUUCUUCAGGUAUGAUCCCUUGAACAAGUCUUACCAUCAUGACAUGGAGGGUGAAGGUUUGAUAUGUUCAGCAGUUGACAUUCUUCCAACAGAAUUUGCAAAAGAGGCUUCUCAACACUUCGGAGACAUAUUAUCUGACUUUGUUGGCAAGUUGGCUUCAACGAUCAACAUUUCUCAGUUACCUGCACAUUUAAGGAGAGCUUGUAUAACACAUGGAGGGUCACUUACCUCCUUGUAUGGAUAUAUUACACGUAUGCGAAAGUCUUAUUCAGAAGAAAAUUUAGAAAAUCCUGCAAGUUCCAAUUCUAACAAGAAGCACAAGAUAUUGGUAUCUCUGAGUGGUCACCUAUUUGAUAAAUUUCUGAUAAAUGAGGCCUUGGAUAUCAUUGAAGCAGCUGGCGGCUCCUUCCAAUUGGUUAGGUGUCAAGUGGGUCAGAGUACUAAGGAUAUUUCAGUCUCAGAAGUUGAAGUUAGCGCGGAUGAUGGAGGAGUUCUGGAUCAGAUUAUUGAUUCUCUAACAUCUAUUGCUAAGCCAGUUGGAGAUAGGCCAUUAAAUAUAGAAACAAAUAAUAUUUCACUUAGGCUUGGUGAAGUCCAGGAAAGUGACAAAAAGGAAGAUGACAUAAAAAGGAAGUCCAGGGUUCUAAUUCUUGGAGCAGGCCGGGUUUGUCAACCAGCUGCAGAGUUAUUAUCAUCAAUUGGAAGCACUUCAGCAUGCCACUGGAGUAAAACAUGUCUAGAUGAUGAUUUUGAGGAGCAGAAUAAUGUUCACGUGAUUGUUGGGUCUCUUUAUCUGCAGGAUGCAGAAGCGACCAUUGAAGAUAUUCCAAAUACAACUGCGGUUCAGCUCGAUGUGAUGGACCAUGCUAAUCUUUAUAAAUAUAUCUCAGAGGUUGAAGUUGUUAUAAGUUUACUGCCUGCUAGUUGCCAUGUCAUCGUAGCAAAUGCAUGCGUUGAGCUUAAAAAGCAUCUUGUCACAGCUAGUUACGUUGAUGAUUCAAUGUCAACACUAGAUGCAAAGGCAAAGAGUGCUGGCAUUACGAUUCUUGGUGAGAUGGGCUUGGAUCCUGGGAUAGAUCAUAUGAUGGCGAUGAAGAUGAUCGACCAAGCACAUAUUCGAAAGGGAAAAGUGAGGUCUUUCACUUCUUACUGCGGAGGACUCCCAUCCCCAGCAGCUGCAAACAACCCAUUAGCUUACAAAUUCAGUUGGAGCCCUGCAGGAGCUAUUCGAGCUGGGCGUAAUCCUGCCAUCUAUAGAUCUAAUGGUGAAACUGUGCAUAUAGCUGGGGAGAAUCUUUAUGAUUCAGCUGUGAAACUCCGGAUACCUGAGCUUCCUGCUUUUGCAUUGGAGUGCCUUCCAAAUCGUAACUCUUUAGUUUAUGGGGAAUUGUAUGGAAUAGCACAUGAAGCAUUGACUGUCUUUCGUGGAACCCUCCGUUACGAAGGUUUUGGUGAGAUAAUGGGGGCACUUGCAAGAAUUGGUUAUUUCAGUACGGAACCUCAUCCACUUCUCAAGGAUGGAAAGAAACCCACAUUUAGAAGGUUCCUGCUUGAAUUACUUGGGACUAAAGGCGGCCAUAUGGAUGUGGAUGCUACACUGAGAGGAGAAAAGGACAUUGCUGAAAGAAUUGUUAGCCGUGGGUAUUGCAAAGACCAAGGAACUGCAGUGAAUACCGCUAAAACUAUCAUUUUUUUGGGACUUCACGAGGAGAAUGAAGUCCCUAGCUCUUGCCAAAGUGCUUUUGAUGUUUCCUGUCUACGUAUGGAAGAAAGGUUAGCCUACUCCAGCACAGAACAGGAUAUGGUGCUUUUGCAUCAUGAAGUGGAGGUAGAUUUCCCAGAUGACCAAGUUACAGAGAAACAUAGAGCCACUUUAUUGGAAUUUGGUAGGAUGCAGAAUGGGAAAACCACCACUGCGAUGGCUCUCACCGUUGGCAUUCCUGCAGCAAUUGGAGCUCUGCUCUUACUUAGAAACAAGAUCAAGACAAGAGGGGUGUUGCGGCCUAUUGAACCUGAAGUAUACCUUCCAGCACUAGAUAUUAUACAGGCGUAUGGUUUCAAGUUGAUGGAGAAGGUGGAGUGAAGAAGAAGAAGACGAAGAAGAAGAAGAAGAAGAAGAUGCAAACUUAAACUUCUUCUUGUUGUCCUUACGGAGAAAUCGUUUAUAGUUUCGUCGGGGUUUGUGGAUGAAAAUGGAAGUUGCUGACAGAUUUUAGAUUACGCUUUUGAGUGAGCUGUCAAAUUGAGAAAUUCUAUGGGGUCGAAUCAUAUACAGUUGAUUGAAUACGGCCAUAGGAACUCAACUAUUUAAAGAUUAUCUUCUUAUCAAAAAAACUGUUUAAAGAUUAUAUUAUAUUUUAUUUUAUUUUACUUCA